CACUAGUCGAGCCCACUGCUUUAAAUUCCUUCAUUUGGUUGACUCAGUAUUGACUACAUCUCAAUAUAAAUACACUUCCUUCUUUUAUUUAUUACGUAUAGUAACUCUUUCUCUUCUCAAACUCCUCAUCUUUCUCUUAAUCAAUCUAGGAACAAAUUCUACAACACUUCAACGCAGAUCUCGAAUUACUCUCCUUAUCAAUAAUGAAGAAAGUGAUGUUGAAAUUGGAUGUUCAUGAUGAGAAGUGCAAGCAAAGGGCAAUGAAGAUGGCCUCUUCUGUUACUGGGCUUGAUUCAAUCUCAAUGGACAUGAAGGAGAAAAAAUUGACACUAACAGGAGACAUAGAUCCAGUAGCAUUAGUGAGUAAACUAAGGAAAGUGUAUCAUACAGAAAUUGUCUCAGUUGGGCCUGCAAAAGAGCCCGAGAAGAAAAAAGAUGAGCCCAAGAAACAAGAGCCCAAAAGUCAGGCCCAAGUUGGUGAGGCUGUAACGGGCUUUUACGCACCUCCCUAUUAUGUUCAUUAUCAUCCUGUUAGCAAUCAUAGUGUGGAAGAAAAUCCAAACUCUUGUGUUAUUUGUUAAAUAGUUUAAUUUUCAAAGCUUAAUGACAAUUAAUAAUGUUUAGUCAUUUUAUGAGUUUUGCCUUGUAUUUUAAUUGGAGUGUGGUAGAGAUGCUUAAUGUAUAGUUAUCAGCAAUAAGCCAAUAAUGUGUAAGGUAUAAUUGUAUAAAACAUAAUUUCUCUAGUUAAUGAAGUUUUACGUUUGUCAA